AUGAAUAUUUGGAUUGCCUUAUCAAUAAAUCUAGUUAUUGGAACAGAUGCAACUAUAAAUCUUUUUGAUCCACUCUCAAAUAUGAACUACAUAUUGUCAGGAAUAAGAUGCACCAUAGCUUUAUUAAGUAUACUCUUUUCACUAGCAAUUUACAAAAAAGUAAAGUUUUCAUAAUUCACUAUUUUACUACAACUCCUAUAUUAAAUGCAACUUGCUUCUGAAAUCAGACAAACAUUUACAUCUUUAAAUUCAUUUAACAUUUACAAAUACCUACUAUUAUUAUAUUACGAACACUAAAAUAAACAACUAAAGUAUCUAUAAUAUAUAACAUACUUAUAUUGUAUGAUUGAAAUAUAAUUCUAAAAUACAUAAAUUCAUUAGUAUACUAUCACAACAUUAAUAUUUAUUAUUAUCAUACUUUUUAAAACAUUCCUGAACUCUUAAUAAUUAACUCAUAAAAAUUCAACUUCUAAUGAUGUAUUCCAUUCAUAUUCUACAGUACCUGCAGAAAUAGCAUCUUCAAAUAGAAAAAUAGAUUAGAUAUCUAGAGAUGAAUUAAUCAAUAUUUUAAAUCAUAGUCGAUAAGGAAUCAUCUACUUUGGAUAGAAUCUUGAGAUUCAAUAUAUGAAUGAAAAAACUUAGAAAUUAUUAUAGACAAAAUCAAAUGAAAUAGCUAUGUAUUAAUUAUAGAAAAUUAUUAUACAGUAAAUAUAUGUUUAAAAUUAAUAGAGGAAUUGAAUAAGAUGAAAAUUAGAAUACUUAACACAAAGAAAUCAAGUCCAGAGCUUCAUAAAAACAUUUAUUAUAAAAGGCUGAUUGUAAAAUGAUUGAAAGUUUAAUUGCCUCAGCUGAAUAAAAUCUCAAGAGAUUCUAAUCAAUGAGUGAAAAAAUACUGGAUUCUUAAUUUUUAUCAAAAAAAUAAAAAAAGAAUUAAUUUACAAUUCCUGAAUUUAGAUAAUUACUCCUAUCUUUAUUUUCUGAUACUCAAAUGACUAAUCUGUACUGAUUAUAUUUUAUUAUAGUUUAGAUCAAAGAACUUUCAUUAAAGCUAAUAAAUUGAAAGUCAAUCUUACAUCAAAUCAUAUAGAAAAAAUUAUUGAAUUGUAAUUUUGCAAAAUUGCCAAUCUCUUAAAUCAAGGUGGAUAUUUGCUUUUCAUAUAGGAUGUAACUGAAAACGAAAGAUUAUAAUAAUAUAUUCAAAAAUAAAAAUUUCAGACAUUACAUUUUAACUCUUUCUCUCAUGAAUUGAGAACACCCCUUAAUUGUUCAUUAACUUUACUACAAGCAUUAAAAACAUAAUAGAUUUCUAAUCAACUUAUUCAUAAUUAUUUAAAUCCUGCUAUAGUUUCAAAUAAAUUAUUAAUGCAUUAAAUAAAUGAUAUUUUAGAUUAUGCUUCAUUUGGUUUAGGAACAUUUUAAUUAAAUAUCAGAGAUUUCCUUAUAAAAGAUUUAUUUAAAUAAUUAGAAGAGUAUUAUAUGGAAAUUUGUUCAACAAAAUGUAUAAAGUUGAUCUUUUCUAUAUUUGAUUCUCUUGAGAAUCAUAUAAUUUAUAAUGAUCCUGAAAGAAUAUUACAACUAUUAGUUAAUUUAAUUAAUAAUUCACUUAAAUUUACAAGAGAAAAUGAUGUUAUUUGUGUUAUUGCUAAAAGUAAAUAGAAAUCAUCAGGAAUAAUCAAAGAUAAUUUUAUUAAAUUUAUUAUUCAUGAUACAGGAAGAGGAAUAGCAAAAACAGAAUUAGAUGCUAUAAAUAAUAUUAUUCAUACAUCUAUUGAUGAUGAUAUAUAUCAUUAGUUAAAGAAUUUCACAACAAAAUAUGUUGGAUUGGGAUUCACUAUAGGUAAUAGAAUGAGCAAUGAAUUAGCUUAUUCUAAAAAAUCAUAUUUCAAAAUUAGAAGUAAAGAAGGUUUAUAUACAAAAGUGAGUUUCAGAAUAAAUAAUUAAAUAACUGCAUUUGCCUUAAGACCAAAAGAAUCCUUAAUUAAAAUUGAUUAAAUAAUAUCAUCAAAUCAUAUUGAUAUUGAAAAUUCAUCAGAAGAGUAACAUCAUAUUCCAUUUUGGACUCAAACUUUCUUCUCUAAUAAAAUGAUUUAAAGUGGAACAUUAUCUUAGAUACUUAUUUGUGAUGAUGUUGUUUUUAAUUUGAUUUCUUUGAAUUUACUGAUUAAGAAUCUUGGUUAUGAAAGUGACACUGUUUAUGAUGGUUAUCAAGCUAUAAAUUAAAUUAAAAAAAGAAAACUUUAAUAAUAAAUAUAAUAUAAGAUGAUCUUUAUGGAUAUUGAAAUGCCAGGAUUAAAUGGAUAUUAAACAUCAACUUAAUUAUUGUAAAUAGAUGAUAAAUUAAAUAUAAUUAUGUGUUCAGCAUAUGAUACAGAAGAUAAUUUAAGUAAAGCAUUAGAAAGUGGAAUGAAAGAUUUUAUUAUCAAACCAGUUAGAAUAGAGUAAUUAAAAGUUUUGAUUAAGAAAUAUAUUAAAUGA